AUGAAUGUAGCAGUGCCUCUAUUGUUCGCGCUGACAGACAAGAAGACCACGAGAGCAUAUACAGUAGUCUGGAAGGAGCUCAAAGGUGUGUUGGAAACGGAACAACGACCGCUGGGCCGGAUCAACAUCGUUCUUGAUUUCGAGCGAGCCGCAAUUAGUGCUGUUAAGAAAGUGUUUCCGAAUGCGGAUGUCCAAGGCUGCGCGUUUCACUUGUCCAGAGCUUGGAAUCGUGAAGCGUACCGUCUUGGAUUACGCAAGUUCUUACGCGGCGAAGAUUCUGAUCAACGCGUUAAGAAAUGGUGGCGCACGGUAAAAGGACUUCCAUUCCUUCCUCCUCAUUUAUAUCACAGAGUAUCUGCCUUGUCAGUGAUUCCUGUGCCAUCAAGGCAUCCGUGCUACCGUAUUUGUCGAAAAUUCCUUAAGUAUUUGCAGCGAUCAUGGAUUCGCGGGCCCUUUAAAAACCUUUGGAAUAAAUUUAACAAGGAGGUACUGCGCAUCAGUGAUGCAGCGGAAACUUACCUGGCUGCAGUAGUUCCAAUGCCUGGCGCUGCUGAUGGCCACAACACAUACAUUCCACUAUACGUUUCGUUAUUCCUAAGAACUCCUUCAUUGCCACUGUCCUCCACAAUGUUGAAGGACACUCAGUUGGUUAAGUAA